AUGAGGGAUGCAAGAACUGCAAAAACAGGAUGGUGCGAAGUCUCAUACUGCCUGUUGUUCUCGCCAAAUUCUGCAAGAACAGUUUCCCAGCCACCUGAUCUGCUUAUGAUGGAUUGUUUGAUGCCUCCUUGCUCCCCAGAAUUGAGCACCUGCGAUUUUUUGCUUUGGGGACAGCUCAAAGGAGAGAUUUGCAAAGCAGUCUGCGAUGUUAAGAAAAAAUGGAAAAGUCUUCGACAGCAGUUCAAAGAAAGGCUGAACUCGCUUUCUAGACAUGCCUCAGGCGGUGCUGCUCACACGGCUCCAGUACAGUGGCCGUAUUUCGAGGCUAUGACGUUCUUACAAGAUAAUUUUGAACCUAGAGCGACUAGUGGGAAUUUGGAUCCUGUGGAUACCAGUGAUACGACUGAACACAACAGCGAGUAUAGUUCUCAUUUUGAUGAAGCUCAUAGCCAACCAACAUCUUUAUCAUCAUCACUUUCACCAGUGUCUUCUAAUCGCGCUGAGACACCACCAAACUCUACACCUGCUGAACGUAGGGCCUACAGGAAGAGACCAUGACCUGUAGGCCCAAUUGCAAUUCAGUUGAUAGAAACUGAAAAAGAGAAGUUGCA